AAUGCAUUUCUCUCCGAGACUAAUCAGCUCUCUAGCGUGCAGUCUUCAGCCUUGUGCGGAGGACAGUGCUCAUCCAUUUAGGCUCGUUGGCUGCGUGCCGCUUGUUGUCGGGCCGAGCGAUCGACCGGCGGUGAACUCCUCCAUCAGCAGGAGCGGGUAGUCCCCUUUCCUGGUCUGCUUUUUGGAACCAUGAGGAACUCCGCGCUGUCCUUCGCGCGUGCGGGCGUGCAGCUGGGCUCGCAGAGCCUGCUUGCCCAGGAGGGUGUCACGCUCUCUAAGCGUGCCGAGCAGGCCCUCCUGCGCGCCAGCCGUGCUUUCGCCUCGGACGCUAAGGCGCUGGAUGAGCUGCGCAAGCCCAAGUUCACCAGCAAGUAUCUGAUUAACCAUGUCUCCGAGAGGCUCAUUCCGGCCGUCAAGGAGUGGGAGAAGCAGUACCAGCCGCCGGUCAUUCACCUGGGUCGCGUGCUGUCCGUCGGUGACGGUAUUGCUCGCGUCUAUGGCCUGAAGAGCGUGCAGGCCGGUGAGCUGGUGUGCUUCGACAGCGGCGUGAAGGGCAUGGCCCUGAACUUGCAGGCCGACCACGUCGGUGUUGUCGUCUUCGGUAACGACUCUCUGAUUCACCAGGGCGACCUUGUGUACCGCACUGGCCAGAUUGUGAACGUGCCCAUCGGCCCCGGUACCCUCGGCCGUGUCGUGGACGCUCUGGGUCAGCCCAUCGAUGGCAAGGGCCCGCUCACCAACGUGAAGUCGUCGCUGGUGGAGGUUAAGGCCCCCGGUAUCAUUGCCCGCCAGUCGGUGCGCGAGCCCCUGUACACUGGUGUGAAGGCCGUCGAUGCCCUGGUGCCCAUUGGCCGUGGCCAGCGUGAGCUGAUCAUUGGCGAUCGCCAGACCGGCAAGACCGCCAUCGCCGUGGAUUGCAUUCUGCACCAGAACUACCUCAACGGCAUCCACAGCAAGAAGGAGCGCGUGUACUGCAUCUACGUCGCCAUUGGCCAGAAGCGCUCGACUGUCGCUCAGCUGGUGAAGCUGUUCGGCCAGACCGGCGCCCUGAAGUACACCAUCAUCGUGUCCGCCACCGCCUCGGACGCUGCUCCCCUGCAGUUCUUGGCGCCCUACUCUGGCUGCGCCAUGGCCGAGUACUUCCGCGACAACGGCAAGCACGCUGUCAUCAUCUACGAUGACCUGUCCAAGCAGUCGGUGGCCUACCGCCAGAUGUCGCUGCUGCUGCGCCGCCCUCCCGGCCGUGAGGCUUUCCCCGGUGAUGUGUUCUACCUGCACUCCCGUCUGCUGGAGCGCGCCGCCAAGAUGUCGGCGGCGAUGGGCGGCGGCUCGCUGACGGCCUUCCCCGUCAUUGAGACCCAGGCCGGUGAUGUGUCCGCCUACAUUGCCACCAACGUGAUUUCCAUCACUGACGGCCAGAUUUUCCUGGAGACUGAGCUGUUCUACAAGGGUAUCCGCCCCGCCCUGAACGUCGGUCUGUCCGUGUCCCGUGUCGGCUCCGCUGCGCAGUUCCCCGGCAUGAAGCAGGUCGCCGGUACCCUGAAGCUGGAGCUGGCCCAGUACCGUGAGGUGGCCGCCUUCGCCCAGUUCGGUUCCGACCUGGAUGCCGCCACCCAGUACGUGCUGGAGCGCGGUGCCCGCCUGACCGAGGUGCUGAAGCAGCGCCAGUUCAACCCCAUGCCCAUUGAGCAGCAGACCGUGGUCGUCUACGCCGCCACCAAGGGCUACCUGGACAGGGUGCCGGUGAACAAGAUUACCGGCAGCGAGGAUGUCAUCCUGAAGCACGUGGACCCCAAGGUCUUCAAGAUCCUCAAGGGCAACGGCAAGAUCACCCCGGAGCUGAACGCUCACCUGGCCCAGCAGAUGAGCACCCUGCCGCUCGACAAGUAAACGGUUCCCUACAUGGGGGCUUGUGGUUACGCGGCUACAUAGCCGCGUCGGCGGACGGCGAUGUGAGGAGCAGCCUAUGGAGCUGGGGCGUGCAGCCGAUGCAGCAAGCGGUUACUGGAGCAGUCCUAGCCGUUUAGUUGUUCCGGCUGGCGCUAUGGCAUGACGUGGUUUGCCGGGAAUUUCGGACGCGCCGGCGGUGAUCCCUUUGCUUCUUAAUUGCCGCAAGGGUGACCCGACGGGGGCGGUGGUGGAGGCAUGAGGGUGCCUUCUAAGUGUGGUUAGGCGCGAGCGUGUUGCUUAGCCAAGGCUGGCUGCGCGCAGCAUGUCUGCACGGCGUGUUGGUGGAGCUUGAGCGUAUACGAUGUUUAUAUCGCAUUCCUGAAGGGUUUGCGGAACUGCGCGCACGCCACCCUGCUUGACUGCCUUCUGCGCCAAAAGAGGCUGGACUUGGCUUGACAACUUGGCCCCUACAGUGUUUUGGAUAUUGCGGUUUGAACGUGGCAAGAGGG